AUGAGUACAUACGAUCAAAUGAUAGUUGAUAAUCGAUAUCCUGGUGAUUUUGAUGAUGACAAAUAUUUAUUUUCUAGCCAAUCUAAUGCACAACAAGAUCUAUCGAAUAAAGAUGAAGAUGGAACUGGUUUAUUGGGACGAAGAGUUUAUUUAGAAUCACCAUCACUUGAUAAUAAAGAAGAAGAAGAUAUGUAUAGAUAUGUUUCAAGUCGUUUAACUAAUCGUACAGGAUCUAUAAUUGAUACAAAGGCACCAGUUGGUACAGGUGCAGCAUUAAUGGAUUCACUUGAUUUUGAACUAGAUAUUCUUGGUACUAAUAAUACUCAUUCUCAAAUACCUUAUCGAAAAGAAUCAAUUUCAAUUAAACCACAAGGACAAUCAUCUAAUACUUUAAACAACAUACCAAGAGCUGAUCCUCGACAAGAUCCACUACUUGGCCCUUUACUUGCUGAACUUGAUGCAAUGUCUAAUCAACAACAGCAACAACAAAUACCACUACUACCUCCUACCCCUCCUCCUAUCUAUCGACGGAAUUCAGUGCCUUAUCAACCAAAUCUAGUUCGACCGACGGGUUCAUCUCAAUCUAAUCAUGUUUUAACAAACAUAGCAAACCGAACAGUAACUGAUGCCUUAUUUGAAGCCGAAUUAUAUGAUAGUCUUGAUUUAAAAGAUCAACAACAACAAUAUCAAACAAAUCCAUAUUCAGCUUCGAAUAUAAAUUUACCAAAUUAUUCUCAAACUCAACAACAACAACAACAACAACAACAACAAUAUCAAAUAAAUCCAUAUUCAGCUUCGAAUAUAAAUUUACCAAAUUAUUCUCAAACUCAACAACAACAACAAUAUCAAACAAAUCCAUAUUCAGCUUCGAAUAUAAAUUUACCAAAUUAUUCUCAAUCUCAACAACAAUCAUCUCAUUUAUCAAAAAUGGAUAAUAAUGAUAUAUUUAUGCCUUCAUCUUAUACUACUGAUCCAGGUGCAUUUUUAAGCUAUUUUGGCCAAGAAGAUCAAUUAUUUCACCGACCAUUGCUUAAUUCUCUUGGACAAAAUUAUGUACCUAACCAUAGACCAUCACUACCAUUACCGCCACCACCACCACCCCCUCAACAAUAUGAUACUACAUUUGAUCAAACACAUACUCAUAUGCCAUCAACACAACGAACAUCCUAUGUUCGACCUAAUUUACCUCCAAAUCCAAUAAAUACUCAACCAUCAUCAUUACAUUCUGUUCCAUCUAAUCAACAAAACACAAAUGUAUUUAAUGAAUAUCAAAGAAUUCCACCUCAACAACAUUAUGAAGAACAAAUUCCACGUCAAAUAAAUCCACCAAAUAAUCAAGAAAUAUUUUUUACAGAUAAUAAAGAUGAUCAAUACGAACAACAACAACAACAACAACAAUCAUUUACAGUAAGUCAUCGUAGUAAUGAUCAACAAGAUCAAGAUUCUAAACGACAAGCUAUUUGGACUGAAUUUCAACGUACAAGUGCUAAAACUCAAGGAAAAAAUGGUAAAAAACGUGAAUCACCUAAUCGAGGAAAAGGUACAUUUGGUUCAAGUUCAACAUGGAAUAGUUCCGGUAGUCAACAAUCAGCAACUCUAUUUAAACCACCACAACGUAUUCUUCAUCAUCCACCACCAAUGACAAAAUCAAAUAAUAUCGAAGAACAUAUUGAUAUGAUUAAAAACAAAGAAAAUUUUUAUCAACGUUCGCCAGUACGAAAAUAUGAAAAUUUAUAUUUGGAAAGAAAAGAUCUCCAUAAUGAUUAUGGAAAUGGAAAACAUGAACAAGAACCUAAAAUACAAUCACCAUCAUCAACUAAACCUCAACGUCAAUCAAGUUUACCUGUAACAAUUAAUUUAAAUACAGGUGAAAAUUCACAAAAUGGAUCUAUACCUGCAACAGUGACUAUUCCACUUGAUGGUCAGAUCAAUAAUGAUGGAGAUAAAAUUUCGUUGAAUAUUGAUUUACGCCUUCUUGAUUUACAAAAUCUUAAGCAGCAGCAGCAGCAGCAGCAACAACACCAACACCAACAACAACAUCAAUCAACAUCAGAUCAUCCUCAUUGGUCUAAUUUAUAUCCUUUAGAUCGACACAUUCGAAAAUUAGAACGUAGUAUUGAUGAAACUUUACCAGCAACACAUCCACCUCAACGAAGUCCAAUAAUACCAAGUACAGUUGUUAACCCAUCGAUGGGUCGAUAUGGAAAAACGACAACAGGAAUGAAUCGUAGUGGAUAUAAUCCGCCAGUUUAUGGAGGAGAUUAUAAUUACAGUGAUAAAGGUCGAGAAGAAGAUUCAUAUUUAUCAAAAUUGAAUCAGACAAGAAAAAAUGCACAAUUUAAACCUUAUACUGGUCAUGAUUAUGAACAAUUUAAAAAGAACUAUGGUUUUGGUACUGGUCAUCUUGGUUAUGACUUUGAUAAUACUACUCAUAAAGAAAAACUUGACAAAAUGGUCAAAACAAGACAAUAUGCUCAACAAAUUGAAGCAAGAAAUAAAAAAAAAUUAGCCGAUGUUUCUCGUCGGACAUUAUCCGAUACACGAUUACGACCAGAAGCAUCUAAACCAUCACGGUCUUCUGCAUAUGCUCUAAAUUCAAUACGUCCAAAACAAUACUCAGGUAUAUCCACUCAUUCUUCUCCUCCUACUAUGAAUGGAAUAUUACCAUACAUUCCUGCUCGUCGUCCAACUGAAGUUCUUUAUCGACCACCACCAGCACAAAGACAAUUAAUAAGAUUACCAGAAUAUGAAAAUAACGAAAUAGACGAACAUUUAAAUAUACAUCAAAAAGAAGAAAAUGUUUCAAGAAAACCUACAAUGAGUCCAUCACAAAAAAAAGAACGUGAACAUAGUGUUGAAAAUGACAAUCGUCGAAAUAAAGUUAUUGAAAGAGUAGAACCAUCAGCUCGAAUUAAUCAACGACAUUCAUCAUUACCAAAAAACUUACCACCAAUUCGUUUAACUAAUAGUGAUAAUAAACGACGACCAAUAAAAUUUGAUAAGGCACUUUUACUCGAUGAACCAACAUAUUCAUCUCCACGAAAAAAUGAUUCCAUUCAAGAACAACAAUCAAAUGUUGAUCAAUUAACAAAUCAACACAAUGAUAAAAAAAUUGUAAUGGAAGUAAUACGUCAAGAAUUAAGUGAACGCCCAUUAAAUGAAAACGAAGAAAUUGUUGUAGUUGAACAAAAAAAUGACACUUAA